AUGUUCAAAAAGCAACCACAGAGCAAAGCAGCAGCAAAUAUCAAAUCAUCCGACCGAAGGAAACUUUUAGCUCAAAUAUGCGCUACAUACAAUUUACCAAUUGAGCAAAUUUCAAAAGAAGGGUUGGAAAGACUUUUGCCUUUGGUGAGUAAAAAAGCCAGUUACGUCUCCAUACAAGGUCAUCUGGGAGUGAUUUAUUUUGAUUCCAGUGAGCUUCCCACAUGGUUUCAAACAAGAGACUCUCAAGUUUACCCAUCAUUGCUAACUUGUUGGAGAUGUCCCUUUCUACUCCCUAAAAUAGCAACACAUCCUCAUGUGAUCGAAGUAUUGGGCAAAGGUGCAGAUUUAAUGUUACCGGGCACAAUUCCACCUUUUGACAAACUUGCUGUGAAAAAUGCCGUGGUGGGUAUUGUUAGCAGCGAUUUUCCCGAAAGGAUUAUGGCCGUUGGUGUGUGUAAUUUAAACUUGACACAGUUUGAUAGAGUUAUUGGAAGAUCCGGGACCGCCGUCAAGAUUUUGCAUCAUUAUAACGACGAAUUAAUGAGAAUUAAUAAGGAGAUUGAUGUAAAAGUACCGGAUGAAGUCGAUCCCGUGAUGCCAACAAUUGAUGAGCACCAGCUGCUGCUGCUACUGCUGCUGCUGCUGUCGCCGGUGGAGGACAAGGGAAAUCACGUAGAUAAGAUAGUUGAUGAUACAGAGGAGAAAAAUAACAACGGUAAGGAAGCUAACGGUGACAAAAAUGAUUCAAUUACUGAUGACUCCGAGCCAAAGAUAAUUGACAGUGAAGAAAUAGCUAAACAAGACCAAAAUCAAGAUCAAAAUCAAAAUCAAGAUGAAGCACAAACACAUGAACUUGACAAUGGAGAAAAAGAGCAAGACCAAAAUCAUGAAAAAGACAAUGGAAAUGAUGAUGAUGGACACGAAAACGAGGAUAAAAAAGUUCUGGAAGUUACCGAGACUGUACAACAAUUAACCGUUGAGGAAGUGGAUAACUUCUUUAAAAGAUCUUUAAUCCAGACAAUCAAAUUGGAAUCUUUUGAUUUACCCGUUACCGCAUCAACUUUUAUGUCCUUGUACAUCUACAAAAAUCUUCCAGUAGUUGAUAGUUCAUAUGUUAACAUUAAAAAAACUUCGUGGAAAAAAACAGCAAAAUUUUUAAAGGCAAUGAGCAAACUCAACUACUUGGAAGUCAAGGGAAAAGACGAAGAUUUAUCGAUAAUUAAGCUUAUGUCAAAGCAACACCCUACUAUAGAAAACUUUGUCCCACACAAAAUUAACACGCAAAUCAAAAAAACCAACAAUAAGGAAUCUCAUUCGCUGAUGAAGGUUCGCACUUUGUACAAACCAACGAAAAAACUCCUUGUAUUUUUUGAAAAAAUCAACAAAAAUUACAAUGAGUAUUAUGAUGUCACCGAAAUUCGAUCUUUUUUCGAAACCUAUAUUAAAAGCAACAAUCUUGUAGUUGCUAAAAAUCCCAAAAACAUCACAAUUAAUGAAUUGCUAUCUAAGUUGACGAAUCAAGCGGUAAAUACUAGUCAGCCGCGAGACGUUUUAUUCAAAAGUGUCUUAACAAACUUUUCUCCAUACUUUGAAAUAGUAAAUGGUACUGAAAAAAACUUAGGAAGGGGCACACCUCCAAAAAUUCAAGUAGUUACCGAAUUAAAAAUUGGCAGAAAAGUUGUCACUAGGGUUUCCAAUUAUGACAAGUUCUUUAUUAAACAAGGUGCGUUUGCGGAGGAAUUGAGAAAUAAAUGCUCAGGAUCUUCAACAAUUGUAGAUGAUCAAGUCCAAGUUCAAGGACCCCACGGUACAUUGAUUGUUGAUUUGUUGAAGAACAAAGGUAUACCAGUCUCAUGCAUUGAGUUUACGGAUAAAGUUAAAAAGAAUAAAAAGAAGAAGUAA